CCUGGCUCCCAGAGAGGCACUGAACCUCACUCCUCACUUUGCCUGGACAGAGAGAGUGAUCCAGGGGGGAUGAGUGACCACCACCCAGGAGAGCCGCCCUCACAUCGCUGCAAGGCCCCGUUUUCCUCCCAGCCUAAACACGCCUGUCCCAAAUUGGAGCCUCCAAAUAAUCCAGCAAUUUAAUCCAAGAGGUGCUGCUGCAGCACAGCCUGGUGACCGCCUGACCCUCAUUGUACCUCCAUGCCCAUCGUGCUCCAACCCCUCUGGAAUUAUAAGUACUCCACAAUAGAGCCUGUACUGGAUUAUAAUUAGACAAUGAGCCAAGAGGAUGGAAACAAUGAACUAUAAAAGCCUGGCUGUCCCCCCAGCCAGGACCUGCACACCAGGAAGCACUGGAAUGAGCGAGUCACCGGGAGCUGUGACGGGAAAGCUGAGGAUUUCCUCCAAAUUGGACCCGGAGCAUCCCUUAGCACCUCGUGCUCCCAUCUCCAGGUUUUACACAGCCCUGGUCACGGGAGACCUGAGGAGCCUCCAGGUCCUGACUGAGCAAUACCACCUCGAUGUCAACCUGGUCUUUGAGAUCAGUAAAAACGAGCUGGAGUGGCAGGUGAAAAGCCAAGCCUCUUAUGGACUCUCAGGGCUGUGGGCGCUGGAGGAGAAGCGGGAGCUGAGCACCCCGCUGUGCCUCGCCGCCCGCCACGGGCACCCCGACUGCCUGCGCCACCUCCUGCGCCACGGGGCUGACCCCAACCUGGCCCCGGGGGGACAGGGACCCCUGCACGAGGCCUGCCAGGGGGGACACAGCCACUGCCUGGAGCUGCUGCUGGAGUACAGGGCCGACCCCAACCUGCGGAGCGAUGAGGGCACGGCCCCGCUGCACCUCUGCACCAGCCGGGGCUCCCUGCGGUGUGCCAGGCUCCUGCUGAGACACGGGGCCGCCGUAGAGCUGCCGAGCGAGGCCACGGGGGACACGGCCCUGCACGUGGCCGCCAGGCACGGCCUCUGCGACCACGCCCGCCUCUACCUGCGACGCCGGGCGCGCGUCGACGCCCGCAACGCGCGGGAGGAGACGGCCCUGGGCAUCCUCUGUGGACGGGCCCCGGGCACGGGAGACGAUUCCCUGCAGCUUUUCCAGCUGCUGGAUGCCCACGGCGCCGACGUGGAUGCCCGGGACGAGAGCUGGAGGAGCCCCUUGCACCGGGCGUGCGGCGCGGCCAACGCCGAGCUGGUGCGGCUCCUGCUGCGGCGCGGGGCCGACGCCAACGCCGCCGACUACGACGGGGUGUCCCCGCUGGGCUGGGCCCUGCAGGGAGCUGCCUCCCACAGGGAUCUGCGUCCACACCUCACUGUCCAGCUGCUGCUCAACCACGGCUCCCACAAGAUAUGGCCCCCUGCCUUCGUCAAGGUGCUGAAAUCCUGCGCUGCUGUGCCGGAGGUCAUCGAAGUCCUCUUCAAUUCCUACUCCCAAAUCCCAGUGUCCCAGGAGUGGGCCGAGGCCGUGCCACAGGAGGUGUUCCAGCAGCACCAGCCUUUCUACGAGUCCAUUCUCGGGCUGGCGGGCACAGCCCGCUGCCUGCAGCACUUGUGCCGCUCCGCCAUCCGCGCAAAUUUUGGGAGCAGGUGCCAUUCCCUCAUCCCUCUGCUGCCCGUGCCCAAGGCUCUCCGUGACUUCCUGCUGCUGGAGCCCCAAGGAGUCGUGCUGUGAGAUCCAGGUGCAAAUUCCAGCCCUUCCAUGGAGCGCCAGAGCAUCCGUUUCUGUCAGGGGAGCCGCUGUCCGUGAUGGAUGGCUGCUGUCCAGGGAUUUACAGCAGGACUAAAAUGUGCUUUCGGCUGGAAAUUUGGAUAGAUUUUCUUUUUUUUUAUUUUUCUUUAUUUUUUUCCCCCCUCCUUCCUUCUAAUUGUGCUUGCAAUAGAUUAUAAAGAGUAAUAAAAUGAUUAGUGGCUGAUAGGAAUAAUGCUCUUUUCCGAGGAUCCCUGCAAAGCUCCUCAGGUGUGCCGAGGGCAGGUGACUCAAAGCAGCCCAGGGGAGCCCCAAAUCCCCUGGGAUAAAUCUCACCUGGCAGUGGCACAAGCAGAGGAAGCCCUGUUUGGAAGCCCUCAACAGCAUGCAAAGUCCAGUGGCAUUGAUAGACACCCUA